AUGUCUAAAGAGAUGAAUAGAGUGAUGGGUAAAGAGGAGAAUAGAGUGAAAGCUAAAAAGGUGAAUAGAGUGAUGCGUAAAGAAGUGAAUAGAGUGAUGGCUACAGAGGUUAAUAAAGUGAUGGCUAAAGAGUUGAAUAUUGUGAUGGCUAAAGAGGUGAAUAAAGUGACAGCUAAAGUGGUUAAUAGAGUGAUGGCUAAAGAGGAGAACAGUGUGACAGCUAAAGAGGUGAAUAGAGUCACGGCUAAAGGGGAGAAUAGAGUGACAGCUAAAAAGGUAAAUAGCAUCACGGGUAGAGAGGUGAAUACAGUAACGGCAAAAGAGGUUAAUAGAGUGAUGAUUAUAGAGGUUAAUAGAGUGAUGGCUAACGAGGAGAAUAGAAUGACGGCUAAAGAGGUGAAUAGAGUGAUGGCUAAAUAG